AUGUUCGAAUUUUCACCAAAAAAAUGGCAAACCGUCACCCGGCAAGAAAAAUGUCAGAGGAGAGGUGGGGACCACCGCAUCGGGCUCAGUGGGCCCAAUGGGAAGACGUUGGAUCGGGUGAGUGGUCCCAACAUCAUAACUGAAAAUGACGAGAAGAAUGUUCCUUUCGCCAGGAGCCCAAUCCGGGCUCCCCUGGGGGUUCCUUUGUGUCCUGCUGGCAUCGGUGGGUCCCGCUGGUCUCUUCCGGUGACAGGUGGAUACGGUGGCUGUAUGUCGGUCGGCACAUUGUGUGAUGGUGCUUUGUUGGACAGCCGUGCAUUGAGGGAACGGAUGGAGCAUAUUGCCUUGGGGCAGGGGUUAGUAGAAGGAGUGUCGUUGGACUGUGCUAAUACGUUGAGCCAGGGUUUGGAUUGUUACAUGAGAGAAGUUAAUUAA